AUUUUGUUGUACUUCAAUAUCGAAAGAAAAAAAAAGGUAUAGAUCUACUUGCUAACAAUACAGCAUUUUAAAUCAUACUUGUGUGAAAUAUCGUGUAACUUGCCGGAAUACUUGUAAAUAAUUAGAUGAUAUGUCAUCAAGAUAACUCGACACCCCCGACAAAGGAAAGGCAAUGUAAAAGUAUUUGCAUUAAAAAGCCAAAAGACGAUAAAAAUGGCAGAUAAUGAAGUUAUUAUCCAGCAGCAGAUGUCUGAAGAGAGACAGGGUGGACUCAGUAUUAUAACGUGUGCAGUUUUCAUUGUGGGUGAAAUCGCUGGGUCUGGAGUUCUUGCUCUUCCCGCCGCUGUCGAAGGAGCGGGAUGGAGUGGACUAAUGCUCAUGGUAUCAUGUUGUUUAAUAUCUGCAUACACCGGCAACAUUCUAGGAAAAGCCUGGAUGAUAGUAAGAAAGCGCAAUGUAGAAUUUCAGACAGGUCAUGUUAGAUAUCCGUACCCAGCUAUUGGAGAGGCGGCAUUUGGAAAAUUUGGCAGGAAUUUAGUGUCAGUAUCUAUAAACUUCACAUUAUUUGGAGUUGGCGUUGUGUUCCUUUUGUUGGCCUCUAUAAACAUUGCCAAUUUACUAGAGCCAUACUGGAAAGAUGUGAGCUUCUGUUACAUUGGCGCAAUAGUAGCCGCUUUUCUAAUUCCGUUUUCGUGGUUGGGAACUCCAGCGGACUUCUGGUUUGUAGCAGUUGGUGCAACCUGUGCGACUGCGAUAGCAUGUUGCAUUUUGCUGGGAAAUAUUAUAUAUGACGGUGAAAAACGAACUGGUGCGUUGAUACACAAUGAAAUAGAUUUUACAACAUUUUCUGUGGCUUUCGGGACAAUCUGUUUUGGUUUUGGUGGACAUCCAGCAUUUCCUACAUUCCAAGCGGACAUGAAGAGACAAAAGGACUUUGGAUGGGCUGUUUUAAUUGGUUACUUAAUUGUUUUGGCAAUGUAUUUUCCCAUAUCAUCUGCGGGAUACUUUGUCUAUGGUGGCCAGACAACAGAUAACAUUUUAGAUGUAGUAUCUAGAGGACCUGCACACACAGUCGUCUCUAUUCUGAUAAUUGCUCAUCUCAUGCUGGGAUUUAUAAUAGUUAUAAAUCCAUUUUGUCAAGAAAUAGAACACCUUUUACAUGUGCCUACACAUUUUUCCUUCAAAAGAAUUAUAUCAAGAACCACUAUUGUAAUAGUGGUAUUAUUUGUGGCAGAAUCAGUGCCGCAUUUCGGCAGCAUUCUGUCGCUUGUUGGAGGUUCAACUACAACACUUUUGGCGUACAUAUGUCCUCCAUUAUUUUAUCUAAAAUUAUGUAGACAGAAGCCAACUAAAGACGAAAACUGGAUUCCUGAACCGGAAGUACCACUGCAUACAAAGAUCAUCAAUUAUGAAAUCAUAGCUGUUGGUUUUAUAGCAGGUGUGGCAUCUACAUACUCUGCUUUGAAGUCCCUCAUUACGGACCAUUUUACAGUACCCUGCUAUGUUGACCCAUUUAAAGCUGCUGGCCAUUAACAAGAUAUACAAACAAAAUUAUUGUUGAAAUAUCUGAAAUAUUUCAUUCAUGAAAAAUGAUUACGAAUGUUCUAACAUAAAUCCUAGUACUUAACAAAAAAACUCCAAAGAUAUAUUUAGAUAAAAUCAAGUGCUAUGAAGUGCCUGAGAUGAAAUCUUCCAAGUGUUUCCAUUUUAAUUUUGGAGACAUGUAAAAUGAUAUGAAAGUGUACGCAGAUUUGCUGUAUCACUUGAUUACCGAGAGAUGCUCAAUAUAGAAAAAAUAGUAGCUGAAUAUGUAUAAAUUAAAUAACUUGUA